AUGCAUAUAAAACCUCCACUUGGUUUCUUUGAUACCCAAAAUUGGUACAUCACUACCAUCUUUUCUCCCCCUUUUGUCUUUUGCUUCCAACUUCCAUGAGGCCUACCAGGAAGAUGACUACUUCUUGCAAUGGAAAAGAGCUUGGUGAGCUAAGAAGAGGACCAUGGACACUUGACGAAGACAAUCUUCUCGUUCAUUACAUCACAUGUCACGGCGAAGGACGAUGGAAUUCUCUGGCAAAAUCGUCAGGAUUAAAGAGGACAGGAAAGAGUUGUAGGUUAAGAUGGUUGAAUUAUCUAAAACCAGACGUCAAGCAUGGAAAUCUUACACCACAAGAACAGCUUUUGAUCCUUGAACUCCAUUCCAAGUGGGGUAAUAGAUGGUCAAAAAUUGCACAACACUUGCCCGGAAGAACAGAUAAUGAGAUCAAGAACUACUGGAGAACAAAGGUACAAAAGCAAGCUCGCCACCUUAAGAUCGACCCCAGUAGCAACAGAUUUGUCGAGGUUCUCCGACAGUUUUGGUUACCAAGAUUGCUUGAAAAAGUGGAACAUAGUUCGCCAUCAUCAUUGUCUACUUCUACCUCAACCAUGGAAGCUGAUCAAAAGAACCUAAUCCCACAACCACAAGGCAAAGAAACCCCAACGGAAAAUAUGAAUUCAAGCUCAAGCAAUUGUUCAUCAGAUUCCACAGGAAUUAUGUUGCCAUAUCUUUCUGAAAACUCGCUCAAAAACAACAACUACUUUGUGGAGAACAGUAACUUUGAAGUGAUGAGUUUCAACCAGUCAAACACACAAGAUUUGAGAUCUACUGACAUGUCAAUCCUAGACUUCCAGCUAACGGAUGUGGACUGGAUGAACAACGACUUAGUAGGCGACACUUUUUGGAGCAUGGAUGAAUUGUGGCAGUUCAGGAAAUAAUAUGAUCCUGGUAUAUAUAUUUUUUUCAAACCAACAAAAACGGUUUAACUCAUGUUUUUGGAACGUCAUCGUUUAUAAACAUUUCAUAUACCAUUAAAGCUAAUCAUUUAGAAGUUAUUGAAUGUGCUAGCUAGUGAUAU